AUGGAAGCUUUUCAGCAGAAAUUUGAAACCCUCAAAUCAAUCAUGGAAGCGCCAAAAAUCGAGACAGAAAAGGCUAUGAUUGUUAUCAAGGAACUUAGACUUAAAAUGUUGAAGAUACCAUUUUUAAAUGGAAAUGAUCAAGAAACAUCUAACGAUGUUAAAGUAAUGCUCAGAACUAUCUACGAAUACGAUGCAAUUGUUAACUUGAUGAUUGGAAAUCUUGCCUCUUUCUUCAGAACAAUGGAGCUUCUUAAAAUCGCUUACCACCAGCGCCAAGAACUUCCUCGCUCUCCAAAGAUGGAAAUACUUAUUGGCGUAUAUCUCAUUGCUCUAUUAGCUGAGAACAGAACUGCAGAUUUUAAUGUAAGUUAUGACGCAGCUCUUCUUUUGCUUGGUCAGCACCCAACAUUAGAAUAUGCCGCCACAAUGUACAAAGCUAUUUCUGAUAAUUCAUUCGCAACAAUUUAUUCUUUGAAGUCAAAUCCACCUCAUCAAUUAUACGAUUAUAUCACUAGCAAUAUCAUUAACGGAGCUAGACUUAGCCAUGCAAAUUCAAUCAGAAAUGCAUACGAGAACCUUACUACACAAGAAUUAGCCCAAAUUCUUCAUCUCGAUUCUCCUGCAGAAGCUGCACAGUUUGCUUUAGCUAGAGGUUGGAGCCUCAAUGCCGAUCAGACACAUAUCAUCUUCGGCAAAGAAAGCGCCAAACCACACUUCACUCAAGAAUCUUUCUUGGGAUCUGUCGACUAUUGUGUUAAGGUAUCAUCCCUUGCUUAA